AUGGCCGCACAGACGCCCACGCCUUCACACGCAGGCGUAAAUAUAUACAAUAAGAUGAUUGAACAGAAAAAGUUUACUUUUAUUGUAUGUUUAACAAUAUGUAUGCUCCAAGUGAAAUGUGCUGACAAAUAUACGGAUGAAAACAGACCGUACGAGUUCGGAUUCACUAUAGACGGAGAACAGCAUCGUCAUGAAAAGAAAGAUGAGAAUGGAAUCAUUAUGGGCGAAUUCGGCUUUAUUACUGCGGAUGGUGUCUAUCACGUUACAGUUUAUGCCACCGAUGAAAACGGAGGUUUUAAGAUUUUGUCAAUGAAAAAUAUUCGAGUAAAGCCAUAUCCAACUGCUAGAACUGGUGCAGAAAAAGGGCGAUCACUUCAAUUCCCACCUUCACAGCAAGUGUCAACGAACGCAGCGGCACCAGUUUUGAACACAUCUCGUCAAGAAUCACAAAAGCCGGGUCCAGCGUCCCUCGCAAAAUCUUGUUCACAUUGUAGCAUUCCCACUACUACAACUACUACUCAAGCACCAUUUAUUUCAAAUAGUGGUAUAAAACCAGCGAUUUCUCAAGAGCCUCAACAAAAUGUCUUUGGUAGCCCUCACGGCAUUUCGCAACAAUUUGGCAACGAACAAAAUUAUCCUCUAAAGCAAGAUGCUGAAUUGUCACAGAAUUAUCCACAAUUAGAUCAAAAUUCAGGCGGAAAAUAUCCUCAACAAAGUCAACAAGGAAGUUCAAACAAUGGACAUAAUUAUCAAGCAAUCACUGGUGUUGCACCACAAAAUAAAGAACAGCAUAAUUAUUCACAACAAGGAGACAAUCUUGAAUUGACUAAUCCUCAAUCACUUAUAAGUAACCAAUACCAAGGUCAAACUUUGAAAUCAGGAAUAAACCGAAAUCCUAAAUCAUAUGACGAGCAGUCACAACAACAGCUGAGACAGCAACACCAACAACAAUACUUUACGGAAAACACCGCAACCAAUUCAUUUGAAUCAACCCAAGAAAACUCCUUACCCAAGAAACCGCUACUGAUAUCAGCUCAGAUGCAAAUAGUUGAUAAAAAUACUGACAUCUAUUACAAACGCCCCGGCGAGAAAGAAGGAUUGCCUGAAGGUUUAACUAAGGACGAUAUGACUCAACUUCUAUAUACGUUUAAUUACACCGUAGGAUUCCAUGGACACUUCGAAGAAGGUUAUACGAAUGGGGCAAAACAAGGUUAUUAUUAUGUUACUGGACGGAAUGGAAUCAGAACCAGAAUCGAUUACGUUGCUGAUGAACAUGGUUUCCGUCCCAAAAUUACACAAGAAGUUCUCGAUUUAUUAUCGGACGAUGUUCCUAAACCGGAAACAGAAAAAGACGCAAAAUAUGGACUUAAAGGCUAUGAAUUCAAAUGGCUCUAUUAUCCACUCGAUUCAAAUCAUGCUUAA